AGUGACGCACGGAAGGAAGAUGCAUGAGUACAGGGUAGGUGGAAAUAUAACCAACUAGCCCUCUCUUCAACUUCACUUCAGUUGGCUUUGUCAAGUAGGCUACACAGAUUAAUCUACCCGAGGAUGAUUUAAUUGUUUUAUCUCUUGAGAAACUGACAGUCCGGGAAAAGUAUUCAACGAAGUAACGAGGAACACUGAUGGCACCCGCGCUGCAGAAGGUGUCUUUUUUUCUCGGACUGUGUUGUGUCCUAAAUGCGCGCUUCUCGUGGACUUUCACAUGUCCGUCGAUUUGCGAAUGUUCUAUGAAAAUGGAUACAUGUUCCACAGAAACAGAACAGAAAUUCAGCUGCACGAGGGAAACACAAUUGAGGUCCCAAGAAACGAAAGUCUCAAAGCAGGUUCCAAGAAAUUCCCAAGCCUUGAUAAGACUGUUACAUCUGCCGUUGAAAGACGUUCCAAGAAAUGCUUUCAAAGGUCUGAUCAACGUGUCCAGAAUUGAGAUCUCUCAGAGUGACUGCAUCAAGAACAUAAAAAGUUAUGCAUUCUUCUCCCUUCACAGCGUCGCCGAAAUACAGAUACAGAACAUGAAAAAUCUGCUGGUUAUAGAAAAGGGGGCCUUUACUGAUCUACCCAGGCUGAAGUACUUGAGUAUCUCUAACACAGGGAUCACAUGCUUUCCUGACUUCUCCACCAUCUCAUCUCUGGCGAUACUAGAGUACUUCAUUCUUGAGCUAGGAGACAACAUGCAGCUUGACAGCAUACCUGCCAACGCCUUCCAAGGCAUCACAAAGGAGAAUCUGUACAUGAAAAUUAUAAAAAAUGGAUUCAAGGAAAUCCAGUCGCAUGCUUUCAAUGGAACUAAGCUGGAUAAACUGAUUCUGAAAGACAACAGGUUUCUGAGGAACAUCCAUGACAAUGCCUUUUUGGGAGCCUCAGGGCCAACAGUGCUUGACGUCUCCUCCACAGCUCUCCGGACCCUCCCCCGUCACGGCUUACGACAUUUGAAGGUCUUGAUUGCCCGUUCUGCACCCUACCUAAAGACUCUACCCCCUCUGGAAAGCCUAAUAGACUUGGAGGUGGCGCAGAUCACCUACCCCAGCCUCUGCUGUGCCUUCCACACCUGGCGACGUAAACAUAGGGAAAAGGUUGUCCUUGCCCUCUCCCCCAACCUCAGAAGGCUGUGCGACGGCAACUAUGAAAUCACGGACACAUCGGGAGAGAAUCUAACGGACCUGUACGACAUCAACCUGCAGUACCCGGACCUGCAGCUCAGCCUUUGUCCCGGACCCUUCCAGUGCAGCCCGGAACCUGACGCCUUCAACCCCUGUGAGGACAUGCUUGGGUUCUCCGUGCUCCGCUCGAUCACCUGGUUAAUCACGGUGUUCUCGGUGGCCGGGAACGUGGCCGUGCUGGCCAUACUGAUCACCAGACACAAGAAGCUCAGUGUGUCCUGCUUCCUGAUGUGUAACCUGGCCUUCGCAGACCUCUGCAUGGGCCUCUACUUGCUCCUCAUUGCAGCAAUGGACUACCACUCACGCAAGGAGUACUAUAACCACGCCACGGACUGGCAGACGGGGCCUGGCUGUGCCAUGGCGGGCUUCCUGACCGUGUUCGCCAGCGAGCUGUCGGUCUACACGUUAACCGUGAUAACACUGGAGAGGUGGCACACCAUCACCAACGCCAUGCAUGUCGACCGGCGGCUGCGUCUGAGGCACGUGGUGGCCAUGAUGGCAGGGGGGUGGGGCUUCGCCCUGUUGGCCGCCCUGCUUCCUGUCCUUGGCAUCAGCAGUUACAGUAAGGUGUCAAUCUGCCUACCGAUGGACAUAGAGUCCCUAGCCUCUCAGGUGUACGUCGUAACCAUCCUUCUUCUCAACAUCACUGCGUUCUUCGUUGUCUGCUAUGGCUACGUCGGGAUCUACCUGUCCGUCCGCAACCCCAACCUAGCAACACGCCACGGCGACACCAAGAUCGCCAAGCGCAUGGCCGUCCUCAUCUUCACCGACUUCCUCUGCAUGGCGCCCAUCUCUUUCUUCGCCAUCUCGGCGGCGCUCCGCGUGCCCCUCAUCACUGUGUCCCACUCGAAGAUCCUCCUCGUCCUGUUCUACCCAAUCAACUCCCUCUGUAACCCUUUCCUCUACACCAUCUUCACGCGGGCUUUUCGCAAAGAUGUGUACCUGUUACUGAGUCGCUGCAGCUGUUCUCCAACAGAGUUCCACCGGGCGAAGGACGCGGCAGCGCACGCCGUGCCAACCGAGGGCAGGAAGUCAUCCCCCGGAAAGCCUCGCUCCCUCAGGUUCUACGCGUUCCACAUUAAGAUGCAGGGAUGCUUCCUCAGCAAGGGCGCUGGGACCACGUGACCAGUAGUCUCCAUGAAGUCCUGAUCGAACAAAAACAGUUAGGUCAUACAGGAAACACAACAUGUCUGGCUUUUGUAUUGUGCAUCUGAAAGAAGGUUAACAAUGAUGCACGUAUACUUUCAGCGUUUUUUGAGUGUCUUCUCAAAGCCUUGCUUUAGAUUAGCGUACUGUUCAGUUGGUUUAUUUGUACCGUAAACUGUGUCACACUACAGAGACAGGAGAUAGGCUCAAGCUCUCUAUGAAUCAUUGGCAGAUUAGCAGCUUGUUUAGCUUCCUCAGGUGCACUGUACGUCCGUGAUGUUGACCUGUUGCUCCUUUAGUCUUCAUCCCCUUUAUA